AUCCAGUCUGCCUUGAACCUCCGAAGGGAUGAUAUCGUGUCGGUGUCCGUGUCCGGUCCAAGUGUGCGGCGCGUCGUGAAGGAUUCUCAGCAGUGUAUAUCAAUCGCUAGCGGAGCAAGGAGCCGACGGCUUGAGAACGCUCUCUUUCCGAAAAUUCGUUUUAAUGUGUGAUUUGUCUAUUGUUUUCUUCUGUGAAGACUGAUUAGCGAUUAGUGCGUGUAUGCGUGAGUGCGUGCGAGGUGCAUUUCUUAGUCUACUACGAUUAUAGCGUUUAGUGAGCACAGAACCACGCACACUUCCUCACACAAGGAGUCGGUAAAGUAGGCUUGUGUCAAGUUUACUUGGACCGAGAGUAGAAAUAAUUUUCACACCGUUCACGUGCGCGCCCAUGUGUGCGUGUGUUGUUUUAUGCUGCCGCCCUCUGCAACAUAUCAGCGCGUGUCUACUACUAUUACAUAAGAGAGAAAGAAGAGUGUGAUAGCUUUUUGGUGGUGUUGGUAGAAGGGCUCGGGAAGAAGGUGUGUGCGCGCGCCCUGUGUGCGUGUGUUUCCCUCUCGGGAAACCAGGAAGAGCCCCCUUUGUGUCGGUGUGUGCGUGUCGCGGUCCAGGAAAAGAAGAACCGACGACGACUCCGGGAGCGGGAGAGAAAGGGAAGAAAAUUUCUAUGUUGGUCCGUCGCGACUCGUCGCGGAUGUUCCGAAGCUCGAGGGCUUGAAUUUGGAAGGUUUUUCCGGGAAAAAAUCCGCUGCCGCCAUCACAGGAAGUGUCUCUCAGUGUUAAAUAGUGCCAUUUCCGGGAAACAAUCCAAGCAGGCGCGACAUAAGGAUUACCGUGCUAGUGAAAACUGCUCUGCCCAGAAGUCGAAUCAACUCUUGUAGUGUUCCCAGCAAUCGCCAAUCGAAUCUCCAGCAUUACCCUCACCCAGUAAGCCAUGGAUUACCUCUGGAAGCUGUAAACCAGAAGCCGGAAGCAGUAUCGAUUUCAACCCGCAACAACAGCAGAACGCCGUACGCAGCCAGUUUUGGCGGGUCAACAACAAUGGUGACAAGGCGCUCCAUUACGUUAGGUUAGGAGCGCAUCGCUCCACAAGCGGCAGUGCCGCAACCUACUAAACACACGCAAACAAAAACUCAGCGUACGCAACCCUUUCCGUGCCGACAGCUGUCUCAAGACGCAGCCAUCUUCCAUGAGCACCAAAAUGGCCCCGCACACGCAGGGCGGCAACCUGACGAUCAAACAGCAAUACCAGCCCCACCAGUGGCCGUGGAACACGAGCAACAACACGAACGCAGCCACCGGCACCACUUCCGGGGCCGCCACCAACAGCAAUAACAGCCCAAACAGUAACAACAACACCGCCAUUAGCAAUAACAGCAAUAGCAACAACAACAACAAUCCACCUUCAGCAGGAACCAAUACUCUCACACUGACUACUCAGCAACAACAACAACAAAACACUGCCUUGACUGCGGCCGCCGCAGCCGCUUCCAUCUCGGUGACGCCCAUCAACAAACUCAAGCGGUUACAGCCGACGCAGCCCGUUUCCACCUCAGCAGUGGCUGCGUCCGAACCCAGAAGCAAUAACACCAUUGCCAACGGUGCCAAACGGAUACGGUCGACGAGCGUGGAGACCGGAACGGGAAGCAAGUCCGUUGGGACAAACACUGGCGCCGCAGCCAGUGCAUACGGGGGGCCACCCGGUCUGGUUGCGGUCGGUUCGGGCCUGAGCGCGACUGCCGCAGCCGCCACCACGAAAAAGCUCACCCAAAUGGCGAUCGUCGCCGCCAGCAACAACAUCAAUCAGCAGCAGCAGCAGAUCUCAGCGGGGAAGAACCACGCCCACCACCACCAAACCAAGAACAACUUCACUGCCAACGGCGACGCGGCGAACAAGAUAACAGGUUACUUCAAGUCCCAAAUGAAAACCACCAACACAUUUAAUAAUCUAAAGAAAAAUAUUAAAACUAUAGCGGGACGUGCUGCGACGCUCAAGACGACGACCUCUUCGAUGACGUCGACGGGGGGCGAGGCGGAAGCGGAAAUUACGACGACCACGACGACGGAGCUGAUGACGACGACGGCGACGGUGCUGCAGCAGAAGAGCAUCAUCAAGACGGCCACGGUUGCCACGAGUGCGGGUUCACUCAAGAGCACCAACGCCAGCUUCGAGAAGUACCUCAAUCUGCUGCAUCAACAGCAGCAGCAACAACAACAACAACAGCAGCAGCAACAACAACAACAGGCUGCGUCCGCAGCAACCCUGAAGAAGGUCGAACGAAAGACUGCCCGGAUAGCGCCGACGGUGUCGCUUACGCGGAAGGUCGGCCAAACGACCCAGGGUGGAAGUCUCGGGGUGGGACAGCCCAAGAAACCUGUCACCAUUGCGCCGCGGACGGCCGAUCCAAAGCUGGCCAUGAACCAAACCAAGCCGGAACUCGUCAAGUCCCAGCAGCAGCAGCCGACGGUUCUGCUGACGGCGAUCCGGAUCCCGCAACAGCAGCAACAGCAAACCUCCCAAACCAACACCAACCAAAACCAGCAACAGCAAGCGCAGCAGCAGUUCAAGCAAGCCGUUCAGCAACAACCGCAAAUCAACAGUCCUCCCAGGACACCAACCAAGCUGGGUUCCACCAUGUUCCAGUUCCACCCGCAAUCCACAGCCGUCAUGCCAAACCUCGUGCAAAUACCGAACCUCGUGCCGACGUCCUCGACCAGCAAGCUGCCAGCCGUCGUGUCCACCGCGACCAGCAGUCCCACGACCAGCAAUCUACUCAUGAAUAAUGCUGCGGCCGCCCCGCACGGCCUAACCGCAGCCCGACUGAACAACGGGACGACGCAACUCUUCAUGAACGGCGCCGUCAUCAAGCUGCACCAACUCCAGCAGCAGCAGCAACAGCUGGCGACCUCCUCGGGUCAACCGGUCACCACGACGCAGCAAACACUGGCCAUGGAAGCGGCCGUCAACAUGAGCCUCAACGGACUGCUCGCGAAGCAAGCCAUCUCCAAUCCUCCCCAGGCUCACACCGGCAAGGCUACGUACGCCCUGCAGACGCAGCCAGCUCAGCUGUUCCAGCAGGCAAGCGCCGCACAGACUGCGUUCGCUCCCCAGCAGCUGAUCAUGACCCCGGCCGGAGGCUUCCUGCUGAACGCAGCCAGUUUGCCAACCAUGCUGAACGCAGCCAGUCUGCAGCAAGCACUGGCCCAGGCCAACAUCCCCGCUCUCCAUCCCCUACAACCCAGUCAACCUCAACCGCCAACGCAGCAGUUACCAAAUAUCACUGCCAUCCUGCAACAGCAGCAGCAGCAACAGCAACAAGCGCAGUCAAACUUUCACCAACUCCUGGCCAACAUCCCGCAGGCACUGCUUCAGAACCUGCAGGCCACUGCCAAGCUCGGCCAGGGACCGCAGUUCGUUCCUAUCUCGUCCCAUCUGUUCUUGAACCAGUCGACGGCGCCGCCCACGUUCACCACUAGUCCCAUCACGAUCUCAACCUCGACGCUGCCGUCCGGAUCGACCACGAUGGCCCAGCCGCUGUCCCCGCCACCGCUCGUGGCAACCGUGCCGACCUACUCCACCACCAGCAAGCCCAUCAUGAACACGCUGAGCAGCCAGAAGAUCAUCAUCGGAACUGCGCCUCCAACUGCCAAGCCGCCACCUCCCAUCAAACCCAUCUCCAGCAGUGAACCUCCCAAACUGGUCCCCGUUCAGCUGAACAAACCCUCGAUCUCGAUUACCCCCGUGAUGUCGACGAAUCCCCCAAAACUGGUCCCACCAGUGUCCACAGUUCCCGUCCCCAAACUGGUCCUCUCCGCAUCGGUAGCCGCCAAAGCCACCUCAAACAAACCAAACCUGCCGGUCCCGGCGUUGGCGCCCGCGUCACACCACCCUCAACCGAUCCCCUCCCCCCGAAUCAUCGACAACAAGUCCCCGCCUGCCCUCAACCCACUCACCCUGGACUGCUGCGGCAGCAGCAACGACUCCGGCAUCGUCGCCAACUCCAGCGACUCCGAGGACAAGUCGCUCACCAUCGAUCUCUGCUCGCCCGGAACUCCGGACUCGGGAAGCCCCCAGAAAAAGGACGACGACUCCUCCCAGAAGGCCCCCUCUAGUCCUUCGCCACCACCAACUCCGGAAACGGAACCGGCUUCACCCUCAACAGAAGAGCAGCCACCUUCCCCACCAACUCCUCCUCCGGCGCCGGAACCAGAGCUCCCUCCACUGCUGCCACUUGUGUCGACCGUCGAGAAACCACUACCUCCCAGCCAAACGUCCCCGAAGAGUCUGGUCCUGGAGCUGAUCAAAUCCAAGCUGGACGAGGAACCACCCCAGGAAUCGAUGUCCGCCUCCUCCGACCAGGACUCCACCAACCUCAACAGCCCGCUGGACGAUCAGCAACCACCCUCAUCAUCCGGCUCGGCUCCCUCCGAAUCUCAGCGCUCAACCACCCCGAUCGAACUGCAAUCACCGCCCAGCAUCGAGACGGACUUCCUGAACGUCCCACCCAUGCCGGAUUGCGCCAAAAGCCCAAUCCUCUCCCAGCCCAAGACGAUCCGCUUCCCGGCGCUGAACGGCGCCCACCACAAGUUUGGCCGCAAGGGCUUCCGCCGGCUGUCGGACGGUCGCCUCUUUGGCGUGUGCUACUGGAGCGAGUGCAACGCCCAGUUCGACACCAGCUGGCACCUGCAGGACCACCUGCAGAUCCAGCACGUCAACAGCCAGUCCGGCCCGUUCGUGUGCCUCUGGGACGGCUGCAAGGUGUACAACAAGGAGUCGUGCAGCCGCAAGUGGCUGGACCGGCACGUGCAGUCCCACGGCGGCACCAAGUCCCACAAGUGCAUCGUUCCCGGCUGCGGCAUGCGGUUCGGUUCGCAGCUGGCCCUGGAGAAGCACGUCAACAACCACUUUACCAACUCGGACAACGCCGCGUCGGGCAAGCGCUCGUCGGAUCUGCCACUGCCUAAGGUUUUGAGGAAAACGGGCAAAAAGCUGCGCUUUAGGCGCCAACCCUGGUCCGCUCGUCGGUUCGACUUUUUCGACAUCGGCGUGAUGGAGGGUCUGCAGCACCGGCUGAUCCUGGCGGGCAGCGUGGCCAGCGCGCGCUACGGCACGGUUAGCUUCCAGGGCCAGGCAGCGGGACGGCGCGUAACGGGCGACGGAACGGUGGAGGUGUUUGUCAAGUGGCACCCGCGGGAUGUCAUCUCCGACGACUGGAUCCCCGAGACCGAGGUCUCCCUCACCAAGGAUGUCUCAAUCGCCGAGCUGAACCCGGACCAACGCUUCGAGCUGGAGAGCCAACUCAGCACCAACCGGAAGGCCAACGCCGAGCUACUAUCCUGCAUCAGCGAACUCAACGCAAAGCUUGCGGCGGUCGCCGCCCAGCAGGACUCGACACCCUGCAGCAGCGGCAGCAGCAGUGCCAGCUCGUCCAGCGGAUGCUGCAGCGGCAGUAGCAGUUCGAUCUCGACGCCGAUUCCGUUCAACUCGCGGACGAGUCCGAAAAAGUUCCGGAAACCGCCGAAGGAACCGGCGUCUGCGACGCCAACGCCAACCCUCUCAUCCGGACUGUCCUCGUCGGCGUCCUCGCUACUGUCCAGCGGAUGUGGAUCUUCCUCGAGCAGCAGUAGCAGCAGCGCUUCCUCGACGACGUCCUGACCCGUGCCAAAGACGCCGGCGGCUUCCGGGUCACGUCCGGAACUGCCGCUGGCCACGCGACUCCUGGCCGGAUCGUUGGCCCAGAAGCGCACCCGGAAGGCGCUCAACUGCAUCCGGCGCCGGAACGCCCGGCAGCAGCAACAGCAACAAGGUGGACUCUAAAGUAUGAAUUUUUGAACAAGUAUUGUACAGCGCUCUUUGUGGAUGUGUUUUCGUUGUCGUCGUCGCCGCAGCGCCAUUUCAAGUUAAUGAUUUCGUCGUUGGACCUUCUUCCGUCUGUUUUUU